AUGACCAUGCGCAUCAAAGUUUCCCUCCCAUCGUAUCAGUCGACGUGGUACAAUGACUCUGCGCGCUACGAAUACCUCCAGAGCGAUGUCUUCUGGACACUCGCUAUCUUGAUCCUUGUCAACUGCUGGUGGUCCGCUAAGCAAGUCGACUUCUUCGACUCAACACCUGAAGAACAAGCCAAAAUCAGCCCUCGGCCAUCAGUUUUCUGGCUCAGAUACCGCAUUACUUCCCGCCUCCGUCAAUAUCUCGUUUUUCUACUUUGCAGUUUGGUCCUACCCCUACACCUCCUCCACGGCUCUUGGGUUCUCAAGUCAGCUUGGCGAAUUACUUUCGGCCUGGUCAAUCGCACGUAUCCCAGCAUCAAACCACGCAUGCUUGGGUUUGUUCUCUAUUCCCCUCUUUCUGCUGUCAUAUUACUUGGAUGGGCCAUUGUCUUGGGGCUUGGUGUUAUAAUUGUCGGGACGCAAAUUUUACUUAUUCGCAAUCUGUGGAGCAUGACGCCGUAUGAUCCAUCGUCGACGACACCUUCCAUGAAGGUCAAGGAGUCAACAACUGUUGGCGAUGCAGAUUGGCAGGAGAUUAAAGGAGACGAGAAUGAUACAAAGAAGGACAAAUGA